AUGGCGGCCGAGCAGAGCGUGGUCAGUGCGGCGCGGGCGCCGCACGUCGCCCCGCUCCGUGCCGGGGGCCCCGGCGCCGCGCUGAGGGCCGUCCCGCUCGUGGCCGCAGGCGCGCGGAGCCAGGCGGUGGUGGAGCACUUCCUGAGGGCCGGGCGCCUGGCGGCCAGGGACGGGGCGCAGAUCCGCUGGUGGCACGCGGCGAACAGCCGGCGCCGGGCCCGGGAGGCCGCCCGCAGCACAGUUCACAUGGUAGAAGGGGAUGUCCUCCUCCGCGGUGGCAGGGGAGGAGAUGGAGACCCAAUUAUGGCUCACCCCCCUGAAACAGACAGCGACAUCACGCUGCAGGAGUGGCUGGAGGAGAUGGUCAGCACAGAUAAGGGCAUUAAGCUGGAUUUUAAGAGCCUUGACGCCGUACGGCCCUCCUUGGAGCUGCUCCAGCUUGUGAAGCCGUGUUUGGAGAGACCCGUUUGGCUCAAUGCAGACAUCCUCCCAGGACCCAAUGGGAUCAGCCCCGUUGUGGAUGCAGAGGGAUUCCUUGGUACUGUCACCUCGUUUUUCGCAGAUGUAACCUUGUCAUUGGGAUGGACGACUGGCUGGCACCCUGAACAGCACAAUGAAGGCUACAGUUGGACAAUGGUGAAAGACAUGGCUGAGAUAUGCAGUGCACUCUCUCAGCCUGUCACAUUCCCUGUGCGGGCAGCGUUAGUACGGCAGUCAGCGUCUGAGCUUUGCUGGUUGGUAGACCAGUCAGACCAGUACAGCCUCACUGUUUGGACAGGCAAACAGGAUGUAUAUUCUGUAGAAGAUUUGCUUUUCAUCCGUGAAAACUUUGAUAAAAGUAGGGUUUAUUAUGACAUCUCAGAACCACAAAAUUCUGAGUUUAAAAAGGCUAUAGGAAUAGAAUGUUAAAUAUGAAACCUACAAGGUAUGACCUCAUUUAUAAUAAUUGGUUUCUUUAAACUUGAAAGGGAAGUGUAUUUUCCUGCUCAAAUGGAGUGUAUAGAACACACCCAUAGUCACUGAAAUAGUUCUUGUAUAAUUUUCUUAAAAGGUUUUCCAAACAGAAAUGCAGUGCCUCUUUAAUGGGUCACUAUUGUUAUUUACUCAUCACGUGCAUGUUCUCUGUCAUUCUCUCAGUGUGAUCUAGCACUUGUUUCCUGCAAGUAUAUAAAGGAGAGAACAACCCUGAUUGCUACUUGUAGACCAAGGUAAUUUGCUACCAACAGCUUUUGUGUCAGCUGUCAAGAACCAUUCAGUGUCUGCCAAGAAAAAUCAUUCAUAUUCAUACAGGAGGACAGCGAGACUGUAGUAGGUACAGCACUGUGCAGUUCCUCAGAGGGAUUAUUUUGUAGCUCAUCCUCAUAUGCUCCAUUUGUGCUGCUAUCAUAAUGGGUAAUUUUCUCACUCCUCAUCAGUAGAAGAUUCUGUUUAUGACAUGUUAAAUGUAGAAUGCAUUAUAUUACCACAAGCUGUUUUUUCUGUUUUUUUGUUGGUUGGUUUUUGGGGUUUUUUUGGUUUUUUUUUGGAAGGGCUAGGGGGAAAGACACCAGAGUAUUAUGAAAUGCUUCCUAUGCUAUAUUCAAAUUCAGGGGAGCCUUCCCUUAAAUUCAGCUGUUCUAGGAUUUCUUUCAAUUUAUUUAAAAUUUAUUUUGAUUUUCAGUGAAUAUUUGCUUUAAUAGGGGUUAAACUACUAAUGAAAAGAUAUAAGCAAGUGUGGGACACAUUUUUAAAGAAUUUUUUUUUAAAACUUCAUGUUUAUUCAAAGAUAUAUUUUUUUUUUCUAAUAUAAUACACUCUUGCAGCUCUUGAAAUUUUAAUUGAAAAGCAGUAUUGAUAGUUGUUAUGUUCUGAUGUUUGUAGACUUAUUCUUUAGUUUGACUCUAGUUGCUGUAAUAUUGUUGGUUCACGGAAUGUGUCUCCAUGAUGUUUGUAUCUAUUAGCUUGUGUGGGUCAAUGUACAAAUGUAAAGACUCCUUAAUAAAAAGCUGGGGUGUUA